AGAUCUCUACUCCCGGUGAUCUCAACGCAUUGGCGCAUCUUCAACCUUCGAAUCCUCUUCAGUCGCUCUUUGCCCUUCAUAGUACGCGCACGUGCACCUUAGGCUGCCUUUGCAACAAUUACUAGAACAUAGAAAAUGAUUUCUGAAAUCGGAAAAAUGGACGGUUCUCCUAUGUUUUCAACCGAACAGUUUUCUACCAUGGAUCCAAUGGAAAACCAACUGUGUCGAGUUUGUGAGGAGAAGGCGGCAGGAUUUCAUUUCGGAGCUUUUACAUGCGAGGGAUGUAAAUCCUUCUUCGGCAGAUUCUGCAACAAUCAGACCAAUAUCCCAGACUGCAAGAACAGCUUUAAAUGUGUGAUAGAUAAGAGGAAUCGAACCUCCUGUAAAGCAUGUCGUUUGAGGAAGUGUUUGUCAGUUGGGAUGUCCAAAUCCGGUUGUCGGUAUGGAAGAAGAUCAAAUUGGUUUAAAAUUCAUUGUCUUAUGCAGAAAAAUGCUGAAAAAUCUGUAAAACAGGAACCAUCUGUUCACUCAGCUCCCUCCAGCCUCCCCACCCUCAUCAACCGUCCAACCAACCUCUCAUAUUCUUCACUCUUUACCUCCUCUGCCCUCCCAAGCUCCCCCUCCCUCGCCCUUCCACCCCACUCCCCCUCCUCAAUCUCUAGGUCUCCCUCCCCUCUCAAUACAUCCUCUGAAACAUCUUUCUCCUCCUCCUCCCCCUCUCCUCCUCAUUUUCCCUCCUCCUACCUUCCCUUCACCCCCUUCCAGCCUCAACCCUUCCUCCUGGAUCCUCUAGCCUUCUACCGCCUGUCCCCCCUGCUGGCCCUCCAGCCUCUUCUGCAAAAAUCCUCGGAUUUCCACGAACAGCUGCGACUGCUCGCUGAGCGUCGAGCUCUCUUCGAAGCUUCGUGCACAGCUUCCCAGUCUCACGAAGAAUCAAAUCCUAUCGAUCUAUCUGUUAAAUAAUUGUUAUUGUUUACAUCUAUCUGUUUCUGUUUAUCUUGUAGUCAACAAAUUUGCAUCUUAUUUUUACUUUUAAUAAAUAUUAUAUUCGUUUA